AACUUUCUGUACAUGUAUAUGGACGCUCACAGAGAGAGAGAGAGAGAGAGAGAGGGAGAGAGACAUAUGAUUUGACACAAUUGUUGGUUAUUGAAUAUGCAACAGCAAAGAAGUUCAUCUGGGAUAUCACAAAGUCCUAGAUCUCCAUCUUCACAACCUCCGUUCCUAUUGGUAUCAGUCACUGAUCCGGCUAAAAUGGGCAAUGGUGUCCAAGCUUAUAUCUCCUACAAAGUCAUCACUAAGACAAACUUACCUGAAUAUCAAGGACCAGAAAAAAUUGUUAUUCGGCGCUAUAGUGAUUUUGUGUGGCUACAUGAUCGUAUUUUUGAGAAGUACAAGGGUAUCUUUUUUCCUCCUCUUCCAGAGAAGAACACUGUAGAGAAGUUUAGAUUCAGUACCGAAUUCAUUGAAAUGAGGCGUCAAGCAUUGGAUGUGUUUAUUAACCGGAUAGCUUUACAUCAUGAGCUCCAGCAGAGUGAGGAUCUGAGAACCUUUUUGCAGGCAGAUGAGCAGACAAUGGAGAGAGCAAGGUCUCAGGAGACUGGGAUUUUUAAAAAGAAGCCCACUGAUUUGAUGCAAAUCUUCAGGGAUGUGCAAUCUAAGGUGAGUGAUGUUGUUCUUGGAAAGGAAAAGCCAGUUGAAGAAUCGAAUCCUGAAUAUGAGAAACUGAAACGAUACAUCUUUGAGCUCGAAGAUCACCUAGCUGAAGCUCAGAAACAUGCAUAUCGUCUGGUAAAGAGGCACAGAGAGUUGGGGCAAUCACUGUCUGAUUUUGGGAAGGCAGUCAAGCUCCUUGGCGACUUUGAAGGAAACGCUCUUGGGAAGGCGUUUUCUGAGCUUGGAGCAAAAUCAGAGAUGUUAUCAGUUAAGCUUCAGAGGGAGGCCCACCACCUCUUGAUGAACUUUGAAGAACCUCUAAAAGACUAUGUUCGUGCUGUGCAAUCUAUCAAAGUGAGUUGUUAGCGCAUUCUCUUUGUUAAGAAUUUGUCAUCUACGUCUUGAAUAGUUCACUGAACUCAUGGUUUAAAGAAUCAGACAAGCCCAAUACGACUUGACACCUUCCAUUCUGAUAGUGUUCCACGUUCCAUGUAUAUCACGAGUCUCGCUUGACUCGACCAAGUCAUCCAAGGUGUUUCCAACUCAACCAUGAGUCGGCCGAAUCUCUUGGCUUGAACUUGUUCUCUCUUGCAUUUCAUGUGUAUCGUCCGAUACCAUUUCGUGACACCGCGUACGAUGCAUCUUGGUGCUCUCAGAUUGGUCUGAUACCCUGACUUUGAACCAUAUGAUUGAACUUAGCAUGGUGAUUCGUUUCUUUCCUGCUCACUUGGAAUUUUAUCAGUAUGGUAUAGCUAAAACAUUGAUGUUUCUGUUACUCAUGUAGAGAGAGAAAAUAAUAAUGACGGGUUGCUUCACUGUUGGGAUCUUUAACGGUCACAUCUAUUCUUUUUAUUGGUUUUAACUUUCUAUCUUUUUUGUGUAUGUUUUUUUUGUUAUUUGUGAAAAUCUAAUGCUAUUCAUUUGUUUUCUUGAAACAGUCCACCAUUGCAGAGAGAGCCAAUGCUUUCAGGCAGCAGUGUGAACUCAAUGAAACUUUUAA